GGUUUCUGACCGAUCCAUCGGGCGACUCAUCUCAAAAUGGAGGAAGGCUCACUUCCCGAAGGCACACAGCAGGCCGUCACCACAUUUCGUGAAUCUAUAGCUCAAUUUUCUUGCAAACUGGAACCCCCGACUAGCCCUGUUCCUGUCCUUCGUCGGUCGUCUCGUCGACCUGUCCCACGGCGAUCUUAUACUGAGCUCGAAGACACCACACCUAAAGAGCCUCUAGAAAAGAAGCGACUAUUCCGUAAACUUGAUCAUGGUCUGGACCAGAAAAAAGUUUUCCUCAGAAGAUCGCCUGCUUCGCCGCCCAAAAAAAAACUGAAACGGGGUCUUGCACCUCCAGAAACUUACGCACACCUUCAUCUUCUCCCGGACUAUCUUCAGCUGCAUCUUGAUAUUGUCUUUUGCGGCAUCAAUCCAGGCCAGAAGUCGGCCGAGAUUGGGCAUCACUUUGGACACCCAACAAAUCACUUCUGGACUGGUCUACACGCAGGAGGAUUAACAUCCUCAAAGCUACCUCCUACCGAGGACUUCACAUUACCCGAACUAUAUAACAUUGGACUAACGAACCUUGUCGACAGACCAACAGCCGAGCAAAGCGAGCUGUCAGAAGCCGAAAUGCGCACAGCCGUCCCGGCAUUCCUAGCGAAGAUUGCUCGGUAUCGUCCCCGUAUUGUCUGCUUCGUUGGAUUAAGUAUCGCAGGGACGGUACAACAUUGUGCAGUCCCAAGGAAGCAUAGAACCGCAAAAGUGAUGCCGGGUCUAAUGUCCUUCAAACUGGUUUACCCGAAACAAGAAGACACGAAGAAUGUAGAUCCUAUCUCCGAGACCUUGUUUUUCGCGAUGCCCAGCACUUCUGCGAGGGUAACUCAGUACCAGGCAAACGAGAAGGUUGAAAUUUUCGCUGACUUGAAGAGAUGCCUAUGCCAAGUCAAAACGUCGAGUUUGGACUGCAGUUCUAUGGUUGCAAUCGACCCGAAACUGUUUUCCGUUGACAAACUCUAGAACUAGCUUCUGGUUUCUCAAUGAUUCCGUUGGCAAGUGGUUCAAUAUC